UGUAUCCCUACUGGUCUUUCUGGGUUUAAAAACAUGUAUUUAUUUCAUUUUCACCUAAAGUGUCGGUCCACAAUGUCUCUACAUAUAUUUCUGUCUCAGUCCGUGCUAUAGAAUUGACUCUGGUAAGAAUCCCACAAACAGCAUUCCAGUUAGAAUGUUGACAUUUCCUUAGGUAAAGUCUAAGGCCCCAGUCUGACAUGGUGUGUCACUGUACUAAGAACCGUAACUCUGUAUUGUUUUCAUGAAGAAACAAUUGUUUUGUUUUAUUAAAAUUUGUUUUUAAUUUUGACAGCUACCACAGAAUGUGAUGUCAACAUUAUAGAGAAUUAUGAAGAUAAUCACAAUCAUAUACAGGUUUACAUCAGAUUUCCCAGGAUGUGCUGUAUAACUGUCUAAAUGAUGAAGAAAAUGAAGAUUGAUUGCUAAUCUACAGGAUCCAGAUCCAGAUGAUGUAUUUUAAAGUGUAGCUUUGGAAAAGAAUUGGUUAUCCCCACUAUACAGAUUUUCAUAAGGUGAUAUGCAGUUGUUAAGAAGAAAGUGAAGAAAUCAACUCCUUACAGAUAAACAUCCAUUGUGAAUACUUGGACCCUGCAAUUCACAGAGACAAUGAAAGAAUUCAGAAGCCAGUGUUAAGAGAGAUCUCCCUGACUGAGGAAAUCCACACGGGAGUCUGUUAUACAACAUCAGGAUAAAGAAAUAGAUGUCUGCUGUCAAUAAUGUAUAGAGGAGUGUACCAGAAAUCUCUCACCCUGUCUGGUGUUAGGCAUGGUUAUCACAUUUCACGUGUGUCUUCAGACCGGGUCUGGAUCAGUGAUAAUAAAGGCAAUCUUAUACUGACAAACACUAAAGGGGAAGAACUAGAUCGCGUGACAAAUAUAGGUAGUGUUGUAUGGGGAGGACACACUGUGGAUUCUAAUGGUGAUCUAAUUUAUAUAGACAGGGAAUUAAACAUCAGUAAACUGUCUACAGAGGACAGAGUGAAGACUACGAUAAUAAAGUACAACACAACACCAUGGAGACCACAGUGUGUCUACAGCUCCCCCUCCACUGGAGACCUGCUGGUCGGGAUGUAUAGAGGUGAUACAAGGACAGGCCAGGUAGUGCGGUAUAACUCCACAGGAGAAAACAUCCAGACCGUACAGAACAACAACAUCACAGGUCAGGAACUGUAUAGAGAUCCUAUCUAUAUCACAGAGAACCGUAAUGGAGAUGUUAUUGUGUCUGACAUUAGCCGUGUAGUGGUGACAGAUCGUGAAGGUAAUUACCGAUUCUCCUACAGAGGUCCUCCAUCAGGAUCACGACUAACACCACAAGGAAUCUGUACUGACGCGCUGUCACACAUCCUGGUGUGUGAUCUAUACACCCAGUCAGUACAGAUGUUAGAUAGUGAGGGUCACUAUCUGACAGAGAUAAAGACAUCACAACACGGGAUAGACAAUCCAAUCAGCCUGAGUUAUGAUGAGGACACACACCUACUGUGGGUAGGGACAUGGAACAACAACACAGUCAACAUAUACAGAGUGGUAGAUACAGACUCUCUGACUGGAGUCCCUCUGGAGGACAUCAAAUGUAAGAAACAUCCCAGAAUUCCCCUGGACCAGUUCUGUACCCCGUGUGGUGUUCCCUUGUGUGUGGAGUGUACCAGCUCUGAGGAUCACAGCAGACAUGACCUUAGAAAGAUAAAGACAUUGUUUGACAACAUUCACGAGAUAGAAGGUAUGAGUUUGAACCUUCUUUAGAAAUUUCAAUGGAAAUUAUCAUUCUACUUUGAUUAUCACAUAAAUAUUUAUUAACUACAAUUUCCUUUAAUGAUCUGAACUAAAUACUAAAGAGAUAAUUUUCUGAUCAAAAUUUCUAGGCUGCCUUGUUGCCGGUAGGUUUGUCUUUAACCAAAUAUUGGGAGGUAUAUAAAUUAUAGAAUCACCUUGUCUAUUUAUCCAUCUAGCUGUCCAUUUAGCAGAUAUGCCCAGACCAAAACUUCAUGAUAGGAAAACACUGAAAG